CUAGAUUUUAGCAUAUAGUAACCUGCAAAAUGGUUAUUAUGAAAAUUUUCUAUUUUAUGUAAAACCUUAGCUAUUAUGUUCAUUUUUUCUUAAAAUAAUUAGAUAUUUAAAUUAAAAAAUAAGCAAGAAAGAUUAAUAAUACUAAAUGCUAUAAACCCUAGAAAUUGUCGCAACGGCUUAUUUCCUGCUAACUACCAACAAAUCCCUUGAAAUCCUAUCCCUGAGGAUCAAAGCAAAUCCUUUCAAUCGUCUUCUUCCACGAUUGAUGGAGGUAUCAAAUUUCACUACUCUGUCAGGGCGACCUGGGAUUAUCCGACCAACCUUUAUCAACAAUGUGAGUUGGUGUAAUAACAAGGAAUUUAGUAGCAUACCCUGUUCUUGUGUAAGUUCUUUUGGUGAAAAAGAUAAACUUUCCUUGCAGUCUUCUUGGAAGCAAUACAAAUUGGUUGCAAUCUGGAAACCUAAAAGAGAAAUGAAGCUUAAACAUUUUUCUGGUUCUCAUUUCAAUCAGCAAAAGGGAAUUCCUAUACCUUUGAGACACACAUCUCCACAUUUCCCAAAACCAUGUCAAGUGAAAAGAGAAGAUUCGGAUAAAACCCUAAGCGGCGAAAGCAUCAUAUACGACGAACAAACCCUAGAACAACAACUCCAAAUCGCCAUUCGCGAUGAAAACUACACACAAGCCGCCAAAAUCCGGGACAACCUUAAACUCCUCCAAGAAGACAGCAAAACCGCCGUCUUAGCCGCUAAUUCCCGAUUCUACAACUCGUUCAGAAACGGUGAUUUAGCCGCCAUGCAAGAACUAUGGUCGAAAAAUGAAAACGUGUGUGUGGUGCACCCGGGUGUUAGUGGGAUUUCGGGGUAUGAACUUGUGAUGGGAAGUUGGGAAUUUGUGUGGGCUGAUUAUGAGUUUCCAUUAUCGAUUGAUGUGAAGGAUGUGCAAGUUUAUGUGAAAGGUGAGAUGGGGUAUGUUACUUGUGUUGAAAUGGUGAGAACAACGGGUAAAAGUUGGGGAAGACAGUUUGCGACUAAUGUGUUUGAGAAGAUUGAUGGGAGGUGGUGUAUGUGUGUUCAUCAUGCUUCUCAUGUUGAUUUGUGAAAAAGUUGAGUGUUGUGGUUGAAAUUGAUCAUAAGCAUAGUUUAAGUUGAGAAUAAGUUGCAAUAAUUAAUCAUCUAGAUGGUGUUUGAUGUGUAUUUUUGGUAUAAAAAGGUUAUGUAAUGUAAUGAAUAAUUUUGUUAAAUUUUGUGGUUUAUAUCUAUAGACUAUGAUAGUGCAUGUGUAAAAUGAUUCGAAAUGGUCUUUUAGUUAACUUUUUUGGUUUUGAAAUUUGUUUGGAUGGUUGGUUACAACUUAAAAGUUAGAAGUGACAUUGUUGAAGUAAAA